AUACCGUUUACUCUUUUGGCGGCUGCGUGGUGUGGAGGUUCACCCUUUCCGCGAUUGGUGAUUGAGCGCCAUAGCCAGAGCUUUGCGGCACUGUUCUUGCGUGGAAUCGAGGGGAUUCAAGGGCGGCGGCGGCGGAUUUUCGAGCUGGGCGGCGGCGCGGGUGGUGGAUGAGCCGGCGGGCUCGGCAUUCUGAGAAUUUUGGGAAUUUCGAGGUCUGUGCUUGGAUCUGGGAGGGAGUGUGGGAGAUUUCGCCGUGCCGAGUGUGGAUUGGGGCUUGGCCGCGGCGUGGCCGGGUGUAGGGUAUUUUGGCAAUGUCCUCGCCGCAAAGCCAGAAAUGGAUGGCUUUUCUGUCGGAUACUUUUCUAGACGAGGAGUCACAGAAUUCCAGUGCCCUCUUUUGGGGCUCACAACCUUCUUGCGAUCCAGUGGAUUGCUGCGUCGAGAAUGACUCCUCCAAAGUGGAUUCGGAUGAAUUCGAGAAGACAUGUCCAAAGAAAAGGUCCCGUGAAGAGUCGUGCGGUGCUCCAGGGAACAAAGCUUGCCGGGAGAAAAUGCGAAGGGACCGUCUCAAUGACAGGUUUGUAGAGCUGAGUGCCGCAUUGGAGCCCGGAAGGCCUCCAAAGUCGGACAAGGCAACGAUCCUCAGCGACGCGGUGCGUGUCAUCACGCAGCUCCGCGCGGAAGCCCAGCAGCUCAAAGAAUCAAACGAGCAGCUCCGGGACGGGAUCAAAGAACUCAAGGCCGAGAAGAACGAGCUCAGAGAGGAGAAGAUGAGGCUCAAGUCCGAGAAGGACCGACUGGAGCAGCAGCUCAAGACGAUGGCGAUGCCUCCGAGCUUCAUGCCACACCCGGCGGCGGCGCUCCACGCUCACCACGCCGCCGCCGCCGCCGCGGCCUUCCACGCACAGAUCCAGGCGGCUUCCACCAAGACUGGCGGAGCAUCCGCCGCGGGGCCAUUGCCAGGAUUCCCCGGCAUGGCAAUGUGGCAGUGGAUGCCGCCGGCGGUGGUGGACACCUCGCAAGAUCACGUCCUCAGACCACCAGUCGCGUGAGAAGACUUCCACUCGAUCCGCAAGAACACCCGCCAUUUGGGAAGAAAAGCUUUCUUUCUCUUCGUCUUUUUGGUCUAUUUGUAAAAGAAUAAAAGGUGAGUACGGCAAGUAUGGUCGUACGUGGUUUAUGGA